UAUUUUUAGACAAAUCCAAUUUCCAAAUUCCAUGGCUUCGGGUUUGGGGAGCGAAGUUGCAGAAGUCAAGAGGCGAGUCUAGGAAGAAAGUAAAACGGUGAUUAUUUAUCGGUGGUAUUGGAAGCUAAGCAAAGCAAAGGGCAUUUUCCAACUUCCUAUCCCCACCGAUCCGUAUUUAUCAGAAUUCCAAGACAACCCUGGUUUCAUUUUCCGACGGUGGCCGAAAAUGGAAGUUGAGGUAGACGAUAAGGAACUCAAGGCCGCCGGAGCCGAGCUCCUUUCCGACGGACGCCGUGGCAUUCGUAUCCAUGGUUGGGAGAUUGAGUCUCACAAGCGCUCCAUUCUCAGCUCCUCCACUCUUGAGCUGUGGGAACAAAAACUUCAAACAUCUCACCUGCCAGAGAUGGUAUUUGGGGACAGUUGUCUGGUUCUUAAGCACAAAAAUAGUGGUACCAAAAUUCAUUUUAAUGCUUUCGAUGCCUUAAUUGGAUGGAAGCAGGAAGCACUGCCCCCUGUGGAAGUUCCAGCUGCUGCAAAAUGGAAAUUCAGAAGCAAACCCUCGCAGCAGGUGAUACUAGAUUAUGAUUAUACAUUCACAACGCCGUAUUGUGGAAGUGAAGCAAUUGAGAUGGAUACGAGCAAGCAUGAAAUGGGGGAUAUUUCUGAUGGGAACUACAAUCUCCAAUGGGAAGACUGCAAUGAGAAAAUCGACGUGGUUGCACUGGCAUCAAAAGAACCUAUUCUCUUUUAUGAUGAGGUAGUCUUGUAUGAAGAUGAAUUGGCUGAUAAUGGAGUUUCACUUCUUACUGUAAAAGUGAGAGUCAUGCCAAGUUGUUGGUUUCUUCUCCUGCGAUUUUGGCUUAGAGUUGAUGGAGUGCUUAUGAGACUAAGGGAUACUCGUGUAGAAUGCAAAUUUGGUGACAACACGAAUCCUAUAAUUCUUCGCGAAAGCUGCUGGAGAGAAGAAAAGUUUCAGUCUUUAUCAGCAAAAGGGUACCCUUCUGAUUCUGCUGCCUAUAAUGAUCCCAGCAUUAUCAGCCAGAGGCUUCCAAUCAUCCAGCAUAAGACCCAAAAGCUUAAAGUCCCUGGUAAUUUAUGAGGCUGUAAAAACUGUCUUUCUAGAGGAUUCUCUAUUAUGGUCCAAGAGGGUACGGGUUUUUUCAAAAGAUUAAAUUUUCUUGUUACUCUAUCUAUCAUGUUUAAUGAAUGAUCCUAAGUGGUUACUUUCUAAAGUAGAAGAACAGACAUUCAAUGAUACAAAUUUUAGCUUAUGAUGCCUUAUUUUUAUAUUUGAA